UAAUAAAACAUUCAAUCACCAGCUUUUGAUUAUUCCACAACAAAUCCAAAGUCCAUUUCCAUAAAUAAAAACAUUCACACAACUUUUUUGGAACGAAGUUCAGUUCAUACCAAACUAAUCUAGAGUGCACAUGUCCAAGUGAAAAAUAUCAACAGACGUGCGUAAUUAAAAAUGUUAUCUUUUGUGUACAUAAUAACAUUUUGUGCCUUAUUUGUGAAUCAAAGUGAAACAGCUCGAAUACUGGCAAUGUUUCCUGUAGCUUCUAUAAGUCACCAAGUUGUUUUCCGACCUUUAACUCAGGAGCUAGCCAGAAGAGGACAUGAUGUGACCGUUAUAACUCCAGAUCCAGCCUUUCCCAAAGGAAACGCACCAGCUAACCUAACAGAAAUUGAUGUUCACGAUAUAUCUUACGAAUUGUGGAAUAAUAUAUUUCUAGACACAAGAAAGGAUAAUAAAGGUGAUGUGAAUUUUGCUAUAAAGAAGAUAUAUGAAGCUAUAACAGCGAUAGUCGAUGCUCAGUUUCAAGAAGAAAGAGUGAGAAACAUUAUUGAUGAUAAAACCAAGCGAUUUGAUCUCAUACUAGUUGAAGCUAUGGUACGACCUACCUUAGUUUUAUCUCAUAUCUUUAAAACUCCACUGAUUCAAAUCAGUUCUUUUGGUGGUGUUAUAGAUACUUAUGAGAAUAUGGGAGCUUCUAUACACCCGUUUCUUUAUCCAGCACUUACUAGGCAGAGAAUGAAUAAUCUUACACUAUUGGAGAAAAUGAAGGAAUUGUAUAACUAUUAUCAGAUUAAAAAAAUAUACAAAAACAAUGAAGUCAAUGAGAAUAAAGUACUUAGAAAGAAUUUCGGAGAUCAAGUGCCAACGAUAGCUGAGUUGAAAAAUAAUGUUGAUAUGCUGUUCAUUAACAUAAAUCCUAUAUUUGAGAGUAUAAGACCAGUACCUCCAUCUGUAAUAUACAUGGGUGGUCUUCAUCAAAAGCCGAAUAAGGAUUUACCGGCCGAGCUUCAGUCAUAUUUGGACUCUUCCAAGAACGGGGUGAUUUACAUAAGCUUUGGUUCAAACGUCGAUCCUACUCUGCUACCGGCUGACAGGAUUGAAGUUCUAGUGAAGACACUAUCUCAGUUGCCUUACGAUAUUCUAUGGAAAUGGAACGGUGAUAUUCUGCCUGGACGCACGGAUAAUAUUAGGAUAGAAAAAUGGCUGCCUCAGCAAGACUUGCUUCGACACCCAAAAAUAAAGCUGUUUAUAACCCAGGCUGGUUUGCAGUCAACUGAUGAAGCAAUAUCAGGUGGAGUGCCUAUGAUAGCAUUCCCUAUGUUCGCUGAUCAACCGUUCAAUGCAGAGAGAUAUGAAUUCUUUAAGAUUGGAAUAAAGUUGAAUUUAGAUAAACUUACAGUAGAGCAGUUUACGGAUACCAUCAAAACUGUAAUUGAGGAUAAAAGCUACAAAAAUAAUGUGGAAAAACUACGCAGCGUGAUGCACGACCAGCCUCAGCCUCCUCUAGAGCGCGCCGUGUGGUGGACGGAGCACGUGCUGCGUCACGGCGGCGCGAGACAUCUGCGUGGACCUGCAGCCAACAUGUCGUGGGCAGAGUACCUCGAACUAGAAUUAGUGUUUACUUUACUAUUUGCAUUGUUAAUAAUUUUAUUAACUUUUGUUUUUAUUGUACGUGCAAUUGUUAAGUUUAUUGUUUCAACUAUUGUUUCUACUACUAAAGUUAAAAAUAAUUAA